UCAGCUUCAUCAAGCAACGCAUCGCGUGAAAGGCACAAGGCGGUGAGCAUAAACAAAGCUCUGAUUGGCUCGAAUCCCCCCAUCCCGACCAGCUCACAUUUUCGCGAUCACCGACUCCGAGAUUCAAUCCGUCCAGUUCCACGACCAUCACGAACCAGUCCGAGCAUCCACAAGAUUCAUCGCUCGGCUUUCUCUAUCCCUCCUCUCCUCCUACACACCCGGUUCCGUGCACGGUCGCAGACCACCGAUACCCCUAAUCACCAUGAGCUUCCAACCCCUCAACCCCCGGCCAUUCUUGCAGGCUAGAGUCGGCACUGAGCUCGUCAUCCGCCUGAAGUGGGGUCAGACCGAGUACAAGGGCACGCUGGAGAGCAUCGACUCCUACAUGAACGUCCUGCUGCGCGAUACGGAGGAAUACAUUGAUGGCAAGCACACCGGUACCCUUGGUCUGGUGCUGAUUCGGUGUAACAACAUCCUCUGGAUGGGCUCGGCGGAUAGCGUGGAGAUGACGGAUCUCGGGUUAAAAUAAGCGGAUGUGAUGGAUUGGCGAGGGGAUCAGAGAGGUUGACUGCCUGUGCGCGAUAGACUGCUAGGUAUCGCUUUGGUGUUGCGGCAUCGAAUCCGAUUUCCAUGCUAGACGUGGGUUCUCGACGCGGGUCUGGCGAUGACCCGAGAGACCCGACAGCAACUUGGGAUUUGGUUUGCACAGAAGAGAAGUCCCGCUAGACAAUAGGAGCGAGAUGGGGAGUGGAUGCGACGAGGAGUUACCUGGCUAGGGGAAGCUCUCGCGGUCCUCCACUAGACCGGGGCCUUGUCGCCAGAUUUUCUUUUGCUUUUUACUUUUCGAUUCACGAGGCGUUUUUGAUGGUUUUCCCGAUAUAUUGCAUGGUAACUGGCCAAAAUCGAAUCAAUGUCUUUUUGACACGCAAAUACUGUUCUGCGUAUCGUACGUGUUAUCCUGUUUGUGGUGGCUUAUUCAUAUCAGAUGCUUGACGCCAUUUGACUCCUCAUGUUAAUCUCUGUAUCUCUAUUGAUAUAGCGUACUGAAUUUAAUAGAUCAUUGCGUGAUAAUAAUCGUCAGACGUGACGUGGAGUGUUUAUCUGAUAAUCUGUCUGCUAAAAGCCAUUGGGUAUAUCUGGCAUGGGGAAGGGGGGCACACUGUCGUCAAGUGGCGCAGGAAUUACCCUAGCCACCCUGGAUACUGCAUAUACCCUGGACGCUUAUGCGAAGAGGUACAGAGGGAUGUGGCGACCAACAGCCAUGAAGAGUGGGACACAGCAAAGUCACCUUGUUGAUACAUGCCAUCAUCACUAUCCCGCCGAGCAAUUGGCUCCAUGUUCCACCCCUCCAUCGGAUGACAGGCAUUCGAAUCGUUCAUGAUGGACAAAGGAAGAAGGACAACGCCGAUGAGGUCGGAGGUCCCGCUUGACAUCAGAGUGGAGGGCGGCGCAAGCCUCCUCGCAUGUUGUAGCCUGUAGGGCAGGACGAACGCCCGCGGGUGGGGGAGUCCGUUGCUUGUGGGUAUGAAGAGUCCCGAAUUCUCCACUGCUG